GUCCGGGGGAGCUCACACUUGUGGGAAACGCUAGACGGCCGCUCGGGAUAAUUAGUGUCUCCGGCGGUGAAGAUAGGCAGCUAGUGGGGGGUGAUUGUGCUAGGUAGUUAGGGUUUUGAAUAUGAUCCAGGAUAGGGGAGCUCCUGACCGAUGUGACAACUCAAGUGCUGCGCCUACCAAAGUGUCUCAACCUCCUCACUGAAUGUGGACUGCUUCGUUCGCGGUCGAUUAAGUGUGCGCCUGGUAAAACGUUCUCAUCCUCAUCGGACGUGGACUGAUCUGACUUCCGGCCUACAACCUAAAUUAAGGGGGGUAACGUGUUUUAACAGAUGAAGUUGUAUUUUAGCACUUAAUAAAGAGUUGUGUGCGUAAUUGCCAUCUGUGUGCUGGUCUCUGCCUUCUUUGAAGUUCGUGCGGUUGUUACACUGGUGGCAGCGGUGGGAGAUAAUCCCUAACGAUUAUACAACAGCCGAACGAUGGAGGGCAGGGAUGGGCACCGGGUUGUGUCUGGAGCGUCUGACGCUACUCCAUCUACCUCUGCAACUGGCACUGCGCUUUUAACCACAGCUGCAUCAUCAAAUGUACCUAUGGCGCGUCCGGUGUUUAUGCCGGAGACCUUUACCGGCACGGGCCGGGAAUGGUCUGAUUGGAAGGAGCAGUUUGAGAUGGCAGCUGUGGUGAAUAAUUGGAAUGACGGAAUGAAACUGAAAUUUAUGGCACUUUUAUUAUCGGGGCGCGCUCGAGAUAUUUAUAGCGGUCUCUCGUUAGAAGCCAAGCGCAGCUAUGUUUUAUUGAAAGACGCUUUAGGUAAAUGUUUUGAGCCAUGUGAAACUGCAGAGUGGAAUCGGGUUAGUUUCUCGUCCCGCAAGCGCUUGCCAAACGAAACUUUACGUGAGUUUGGUAAUGCACUGCGGAGGUUGGCGACUAAGGCGUAUCCCUCAGUAGGUGUAGAUACACAGGAUUUGCUGGCCAGAGAUCAUUUUAUUGCACAUGUGGGAAACGGAGAGACUCGUAUCCAACUACGUAGUAUUAAACCUAUCACUCUAGAAGAAGCAAUGAAUAUUGCAAGUGAAUUCGAACUUAUUCAGGGGUUAGAGAAAUGUACGAUAACCCCUGAUGCUCGAGUGCGUGGUUUGCAUAUUUCUGCAACAGAGAGUAAGGUAGAUGCACUGACUGAGGUGGUGGAUACGCUUCGUAAUGAGGUUCAGAUGUUACAAAAAUCGGUGCAGCAACUCCGUGAGGCAGUUCCCACAUUAGUAAGAAAUCACGUCGUUGAACCGUCAGUUAUGAGUGGGGUUGGGAAAAGGCCGGUGCAACCAUUAGGAGGCGGGUGUUGGGAAUGUGGGUGUAACCGACAUAUUAGGAGAGAUUGCCCUUAUGUGCAGGGAAACGGGAGGGGGCAGGCACUAUAGGCCGGAUGCCUGCCCCAAUGCAAGAUAAUUUUUUUCAGUUGGCCUCAUCGGUCCAGGGCAAUUCUGGGAUAUACCUUGCUGCUAAAUUAGGUGGGUGUGAUGUCAAACUUCUUAUUGAUACAGGCGCUCAAGUUUCAAUAAUCCCAAAACAGAGGUGGUUGACCAUUACGAAUGGCGGGGCUCACCUCGAACGUCAUGAGGGUGUGGUUCGAGUAGCCAAUGGGGGGAGGAUGUUGAUUUUGGGGCGCUGGCAAACGGUAUGCCAAUUCGAUUCUUUAACUCUCAUUACGGAGUUUCUUGUGGCAGAUUUGGAGCCCCAGGAAAUUCUGCUUGGCUCUGACUUUUUGCUAAAAUAUGGCGCUAUUAUUAAUCUCGAUCAAAAGAGCUGUCGGGUGAUGGGCAAACAAAUUCCCCUUUUGUUCGGCAAUAACGGUAUGCAGCCCUGUGAUGUGAUGGUGCAUGUUGAUACACCUGUUCCACCUCGCAGUGAAGUUUUGAUUGUAGGGGCGGUGGAAGGGACGUCAGAUAGUUUCCAGGGCAUGUUAGAGCCGUCUUCCUCUCUUUAUAACCAUUGCGACCUUUUGGUGGCAAGGGUAGUGUGCAGGGUGGAACAGGGUAUUCUGCCCAUCCGUGUAAUUAAUGUCACUGAUGACACGCAUAUUUUAAAGCGUGGAAUGAAAGUGGGAAGGCCGGGAUUGCAGAGUGUCGGGGGGG